AAAAGAAACUCCAAAAGUGUCGCUCGCGAUCAUAUUGCCAUAAACAUGGCUGCUGGUGCUUCGCCUGCUAUUGUUGCUGUUGUCGCGAAUUCCGUCGCUGUUCGCUCGGGCAAAAUCUAGUGUUAAUCCUUUCGUAGGUGGAAAGUUAAGUGUUCACAUAGCGGUAAUCGUCGUACGUGCAUCGUGACACGCGGCUCGUGAAUCUUGGCCGAGAAGUGAAUCGCUUUGCUCUGUCUGAUUGGGCGACUGGGGUUUAGUGUAUGCAAAUGCGACCCCCGCCCCGUAUUUUGUGUGUGGAAUCCAAUUGGAAAACCUAAUUGGCAUUAGACUUGGUGGUUGGUGUGCAAUUUUUUUGUGUAUUUCUUUAGGUCUAGUGUUACCGACCGAAUCCACCGGACCAGAGCCAGACCGGGCCGUGAGCAGUACAACAUUAUUUUAUCGCAUACCACAUUACAUGCCUAUACACAUUCGUAAUAAUAUAUUCAGCAAGUGUCAGCGACAAGUAGGAGCUAAUGACGAUGUUGAUGAUGUUACGUACGCGUAACGAACGACAACGGCGAGAGGAGCAGAGCUGAGCUUAUCGCAAAAAUUUUUUGUGAGUGCAUUAAUGACACACAGAAAAAUAAGUUUAGUGAAGAAACCCCACACGGUGAAAAGCGGCGUGCAAAGUGUUGUGUAUUUACUAGUUGGCCGUGAGAAGUGCCAGGAAAUUCAAGUGUUGUUGUAGCUGUUGUUACUGAUUGUUGUGCGAGGGUGUGCGCGACUGGUGUGUUGUGUGGCAAACCGUGAAAAAGGCGAUUGAUCCCUCCUCCGAGUCGAGUCCGGGCAAGGAAAACGCAAUCUUGACCGCCCGCACGGAGGCAGCUGCAGCUGUAGUUUCGAUCUCCGGGAGAGGUGGUGCAGCACGGAAAUGACUUCUAGAAGGUGGUUCCACCCAUCGGUGUCGGGUGUCGAGGCGGAAAAGCUACUACGCGAACGUGGUUUCGAUGGAUCCUUUCUGGCACGACUGUCCUCGUCGAAUCCGGGAGCUUUCACGCUCUCGGUACGCCGAGGUCAGGAGGUGACGCACAUCAAGAUCCAGAACAAUGGCGAUUUCUUCGACCUGUACGGAGGUGAAAAGUUUGCCACUUUGUCCGAAUUGGUUCAGUAUUAUAUGGAGAAUGGCGGUCAGCUGAAGGAAAAGAAUGGACAAAUUAUCGAACUGAAGCAGCCGCUCAUUUGCGCCGAACCUACGACAGAAAGAUGGUUCCACGGUAAUCUGUCCAGCAAAGAAGCGGAACGGUUAAUCAUAGAACGGGGCAAGAAUGGCUCCUUCCUAGUGCGCGAAUCUCAGAGCAAACCGGGCGAUUUCGUACUAUCCGUGCGGACCGAGGAUAAAGUGACACACGUGAUGAUUCGGUGGCAUGAAAACAAAUACGACGUCGGUGGAGGCCAGCAGUUCUCGACUCUUUGCGAACUGAUUGAAUACUACAAGCGCAACCCGAUGGUGGAGACCUGCGGCACGGUGGUUCGCCUGCGGCAACCGUUCAACGCGACCCGAAUCACAGCGGCCGGGAUCGACGCCCGGGUCGAGCAGCUCCAGCGGGAGAACGGCAGCCACUGCUACGGCAAGGGUGGCUUUUGGGAGGAAUUUGAAUCUCUACAGCAGCAGGAGUGCCGGUACACGUUCUCCCGCCGCGAGGGCCAGCGGAACGAAAACCGGAUCAAGAAUAGAUAUAAGAACAUUGUACCAUUUGACCAUACCCGGGUGAAGCUGAAAGACGUGGACGGCGCCGUCCCGGGUGCGGAAUACAUAAACGCCAACUACAUUCGGCAGCCGACGGAGGCGGAGCAGAAUGACAUGAACUCCUCGUCGGAGAAUCUGUCCCAGCAGGGUCAUCAGAACAACAACUCGACCAGUAAUACCACCGGCAGCAACGCGACGACCUACGCCAGCAUUAAUCAGCCUACCAGGAACUGCCAGAGCUGCCAACUGCUGAACAAAACCUGCUCCCAGUGUUCAAUGAAGGCGAAUGAGUCGAAACAUAAACGGAACGAAUCCAUCACGUCCCGUCUGCAGUUGCAGCAAACUCAGUCCAAGGGCAACCUGCUGGUGGGUAGCGGCCGGGACGAGAAGGAUCUCUUCAAGACGUACAUCGCGACCCAGGGCUGUCUGGCCAAUACGAUACAGGACUUCUGGAACAUGAUCUGGCAGGAGAAUACACGCGUGAUAGUGAUGACUACCAAAGAAAUUGAGCGGGGCAAGAAGAAGUGCGAAAAGUACUGGCCGGACCCGGGCCAAGCGCGGGAAUGGGGUUCGGCCAAGGUGAGCUGCCUGAGCGAAACCAGCACCGCGGACUACACGUUGCGCGAGUUUCUGCUCUCGUGGCGGGGGCAGGACGAGCGGAAGAUCUUCCAGUACCACUUCCAGGUGUGGCCGGACCAUGGCGUACCGUCCGAUCCGGGCUGUGUGUUGAACUUCCUGCAGGACGUCAAUGCCCGGCAGGAGCAGCUGCAGCUGGAGGGGCUGGCUCCGGGUCCCAUCUGUGUCCACUGUUCGGCUGGAAUCGGGCGUACCGGGACGUUCAUUGUGAUCGAUAUGAUACUGGACCAAAUCGAUAGAGAAGGUCUAGACUGCGAAAUCGACAUCCAGCGGACGAUCCAGAUGGUCCGUUCGCAGCGUUCCGGUAUGGUCCAAACGGAAGCCCAGUACAAGUUCGUGUACUUUGCCGUGCAGCACUACAUCCAGACGCUGUUCCAGCGCAAGCGGGCCGAACAGCACAGCCUCCAGUUCGGCCGGGAGUACACCAACAUAAAGUCGACAUCUGACUCACAAUUACCACUACCGAGGGCUGUGACUGACUUGAAUAAUGCUUCAUCAGUAUAUGAGAACAUUCCCAAAGAAUCACGACCACCUCCGACACCACCAAGGAAGUCAUGACAAAUGGAUUUUUAAAGAAAACCAUCCGCAACACCACAUCCACCACCACCACCAAACUGAGGAAGAAUAAACAACGUCAAACAGUAGAGGAGCGAGAGGGAGAUCCCAUCCGAGGGGGAAGAGGAAACUAUUAGUGGGAAGAAAAUUGACAAAACAGUGUGAUUCUUUGAAACAAAACGAAAUUUUUAUUUGAGUUAAACCUAAGCGCUAUGUGUUAAAAACAAGUACCACUCCGAAAAUAAAAAAAAAAAACAACAAACACGCAGACACUCAAAUGUGAACGGAAUAGUUAGGUGUGCCGAAACCGGCCGUAAGAGCUUGAUUUUUGUUCAAUUAUAAUUAUUAUUCAUUGUAUGUUUUUAAUGCAUGUGUACGAAGAAACAAGAUAGGUAGAAACAAUAAAGGAAUAGUAGCGCGCAAAACGCAACAGUCUAAUGCAAAAUCAGCGUAAGUUCGUGUUACUGGGUUUACUCAAUAAUUAUGACUACACACCAGACGAGUUCUCAACACACCCACACAAACACGCAAACACACGCAUACACACAGAAGUGGGAAAACAAAACUGAUAAACAACUGAUGAGUAAGAAUGAAUUAGUAUAUCUAGUCUAACAAAUUUGUUGUACGAGGGCAAACAGAAGGAAAAUCGAACCGCCGUGUCUCUGAAAAAAAAAAACCGCAGAAUGAGGAUGGUUGCUUUUGGUUUGAGUCCAGACUAUAUCAGUGUCCGGCUAGCAAUAAACUUCAAACCGAAAUCCACCCCGCCGAGGGGUGGAAUGAGUGAUGAAAGCAAACACUUAUAACACAGUACGGAAAAUCGACACUCGACACUCUGAGAAACGAAAGCUACAAAUGUGAUUAAAACAAACAAACAAACUAACUAAGCAAGUGUGUGGUAAAAAGGCGAAACGCGAAACGAACGGGGGGGCUUGGAGAGUGCCGUGGUACGUACCCCGAGGUACUAAAAUGAGAUCGGAUCCAUUGUUUAGUUUUUAUAUUGUUGUUAUGUUUCGUGACUAUUUUUUUUCUGCUGAAUUAAAUGCGAAUUAAGCGAUAAAAUAGAUUCGUUAUAAUAAAAAAAUCCCUAGGAUGUUAAGCUGUGUAUCAUGCACCACUAUUUUAUGUUACGUAUUCUCUCGAUCGUUUUCGUUUGAUGAACUGCACUUUAUCCGACAAAUAAAACACAUAAGAGAGAGAACCCGACGGUCAAGUAGAGAAAACAAGGUUUUAUUGUAAUGUUCCAUAUGUUAUAUAAUAACGAUCGCAAGCGAAAACUGAUUGAAUAUAUCAUUACACACAUCGUUUUUCGUUGGUUGUUAAGUUUUUUUUUCUUCACUUUUAUCACAUUUUCCUUCCGUUGUUUAGGACACUCGGAGCGGAGCGCUUUAUCUGUAUUAUAGUCACCGAAAAGUUAAGAACGUUUUCAAUGUGCUGAAUGUUUUACAGUAGUAGUUGCCACUUUCGAAAAAAAAAUAGAAGCAUCGAAUUCCGAUCAAUCCCUCUAGGGGACAUAGAAUAUUUAUAAAUGUAUCUACGGACAUGCGAUAGAGGAAAACGCAAUCAACCGAAUGCAAGAUUAAAAGCAUUAACUGUUUGAAACAAAAAAAAAAUAGAUUACAUGAAUUGUUUCUGUUUUUGCGCCUAUAAAAUACCAAGUUCGAAUAUUUAAUCAAAUGAGCUUGAGAUGCAUUAGUCUAGAAGUAUUUUUUUCAAGCGUUGGGAAGCAGUUUCCUUUCUUCUUUCUUCGUUCGAGGUUAUUCGCUUUUCACUCGAUUGCUCAUAUCUUUGAUAGAGAUUCAACUUCCUACUUGACAACCGCUGAGCUUUACACGUUAAAUUAUCUACUGCCUUACAAUUAACAUUGUUUUUUGUGCCGAAAGCUUUCCGUAAUGGUUGCGACACUUGCGUGUAAUUAUCAAUCUCUUCAGCUGUAAACUAAAGCUUCCGUUUCGUAAUUGAAAAAUGAGCUAUGAAAACAAAUAAAGUAAAAAGUGUGUCCAAAACCUGCGAUGGAAAAUCCCAACACAAUAAACAAAAAAAAAAAAACAAAACGAAAACAAAGAUGCAAACAAGAACACCGAAUGAAACCAAUAAACAAAUUACCGUAAUGAUUAACAAUUUAAGAGAUUACUAUGAAGAAGAAAAAAACAGAGCUUUAGAAAUCCCUUCCCGAAUCUUGUCCCCAUAGUAGGCUAACAAACGAAAACUCCUUGCAUGAUUCAAACUGAAUGUGAUUUUAGAGAGCCGAUAUGUUGACCAUAAUAAACCUACUGAGAUAAAUAAUAUACUCACCCCUAAACGUACGGAGAGAAGAACAAAGAAAAACUAAUACGAGCAUCACUAUUGAAUUGCUCCUUCUAGGCAGAAAACAAAUUGAAUUAUACAUAAAGAAAAACUCGAUGAACACAUACAUACAUACAUUCAUAAGUGCAUACAUACACACACGGUAAACAAGACAAAACAAAAUAAAACAAACACAGAGUCUAACUAGUUA